AUGACGCCAACGUCUAACACCACCAGACCAACGUCAAAAUCCCAUGAUGAUUCUUCUGAUCGUUUUGAAGAGUCCAAUGGCGUCCACAUGAAUGGUGGUGCCAACACCCACGGCGACUCGGGAUUCUUCACGGCGGAAGGGGAAGAGACAACAACGUCUGAAGAGCAAGACAACCAUAGCAGCAGCACUGCAAUUUCCUACUUGAAACUAGGUGUCACCAUCGUAGGUAUCUUGACCGGCUUUAUUCUCUGCUUUGUUGUCCCAACAGCAAUGAACGACAAUCGUCAAAUCAAUCAAACCUUGGCUAUUGCCAUUUGGAUGGCCACACUGUGGCUGACGGAAAUAAUUCCACUUGUCGUCACGGCGUUGCUCCCACUCGUGCUCUUUCCUCUUUUUGGCAUUCUCGAUUCGUCCGAUGUGGCAUUGCAGUACAUGAACAAUACCAUUUGGCUGCUCAUUGCCGGAUUCCUCCUGGCACUCACAUUGGAACGAUGGGCGUGUCAUCGCCGCAUCUCUCUCAAACUAUUGACAUGGUGUGGCGCCCGGCCGCCCUUGCUGUUGCUCGGAAUGAUGGCCGCCACCUUUUUCUUGAGCAUGUUUGUCAGCAAUACUGCCACCACACUCAUGAUGGUACCCAAUGCCAUUUCCGUAUGUACCAUUUUACAAGAAUCAUCAUCAUCACAAUCUGCAAAACAAUCCACUACAAAACAACCAGAAGAUCCAUUUGCCCACGCCCUCUUGUUGGGGAUUGCCUACGCCGCCAAUGUCGGAGGCAUGUCGUCAUUGAUUGGGACGGCACCCAAUCUCGUGUUUCAUCGACAAUUGGAACUCCUCUUUCCCGGUGCACCCGAAUUGACAUUUGCCCAUUGGACCGCCUUUGGAUUGCCGACGGGAUUGGUACUCUUUGCCAUUAUUUGGAUCUAUCUCUGUGUCCGGUACUUGUCGUGGCGACACGACGACAACGAAACAGAACCGAUCGAUCCAACGCUGUUUCAGCAGACGUAUGUGGCACUGGGUGCCUGGACACGAGAACAAAUCACCGUCUGUACCCUCUUUGUGACACUCUGUCUGCUGUGGAUCUUUCGCAGUGACAUUGACUUGGGAGAGCACGUGCACAUUCCCGGAUGGGCCAAUUUGUUUCCCGAUCCCUCCUACAUUUCCGAUGCCACCACGGGCAUGAUGAUUGUCCUGGUACUCUUUGUGUGUCCGGCCCGGUCGUGUCAUUUGGAUAUUAGUAGUAGUAAUAAUGAGGGCAAUGAUACUAUCAAGGAUGCAGAUGAUGAUGGGGAAGAUGAAGAAGUGGGAUCGACGACCAACACUUCGAGCCAUGGCCAUGGCGAAGAAGAAGACGAACGUCUUUUGACCAAUGAACACGACAACAAGAACGAAUUGAAUGACACCACACUGCUCAACUGGGAAACAGCCAACAAAAUGCCAUACGAUGUCGUCUUUCUCCUCGGCGGUGGAUUCGCCCUUGCCAAGGCAUUUGUCGACAGUGGCUUGUCGGAAUAUCUCGGUGAACAACUGGCAACGCUUCGUCUGGAAGUGGUCGGAUUGGUCUUUCUCAUGAUUACCAUGAUUAUAUGGUUGACCGAACUCACGUCCAACACUUCGACAUCCAACAUUAUGAUCCCCAUUGCCGCAUCCAUGGCGGUAGCAACCCAAACCAGUCCCUACACGUUCAUGAUUCCCGCCACCAUGGCUUGCAGUUGUGCCUUUGUCUUGCCGAUUGCCACCCCACCCAACAUGGUCGUCUUUAGUACCGGACGAUUGCCCAUGGCGGAAAUGAACAAGGCGGGGGUCUUCUUGAACGUGAUCGGGUCGGCAUUGUUAUUGGGGGCAACGUAUACGAUCAUUCCUGCCGUCAUGGGGGUGGCGGCAGAGGAGUUUCCCGAGUGGGCGCAGCAGUAA